UGUAUUUCCUUGCCUGUGCCUUCAGUAAUACAGUAUCUCUACUGCUGUGGUUGUACAUCUUUGCAUAGUGCAUGUCUGAUACUAUAUCUUACAACAGUCUGUCUUUUAGUUUAUCAAGCUUCUGACUGUGCCACCUUCAGGUCUGCAAUAGACCACAGCCAUAGCUAGGAACUCCUUAGCUCAGGUGUACUGUAUGUGUGUCUCACCUGGCAGGUCUUCUCUCCUCAGGUGUACUGUAUGUGUGUCUCACCUGGCAGGUCUUCUCUCCUCAGGUGGUGGUCGUGUGUUUCACCUGGCAGGUCUUCUCUCCUAAGGUGUACAUUAUGUGUGUUUCACCUGGCAGGUCUUCUCUCCUCAGGUGUACUGUAUGUGUGUCUCACCUGACAGGUCUUCUCUCCUCAGGUGUACUGUAUGUGUGUCUCACCUGACAGGUCUUCUCUUCUCAGGUGUACUGUAUGUGUGUCUCACCUGACAGGUCUUCGCUCCUCAGGUGUACUGUAUGUGUGUCUCACCUGGCAGGUCUUCUCUCCUCAGGUGUACUGUAUGUGUGUCUCACCUGACAGGUCUUCUCUCCUCAGGUGGUGGUCGUGUGUCUCACCUGACAGGUCUUCUCUCCUCAGGUGUACUGUAUGUGUGUCUCACCUGGCAGGUCUUCUCUCCUCAGGUGUACUGUAUGUGUGUCUCACCUGGCAGGUCUUCUCUCCUCAGGUGGUGGUCGUGUGUCUCACCUGGCAGGUCUUCUCUCCUCAGGUGUGCUGUAUGUGUGUCUCACCUGACAGGUCUUCUCUCCUCAGGUGGUGGUCGUGUGUCACACCUGGCAGGUCUUCUCUCCUCAGGUGUACUGUAUGUGUGUCUCACCUGACAGGUCUUCUCUCCUCAGGUGUACUGUAUGUGUGUCUCACCUGGCAGGUCUUCUCUCCUCAGGUGUACUGUAUGUGUGUCUCACCUGGCAGGUCUUCUCUCCUCAGGUGUACUGUAUGUGUGUCUCACCUGACAGGUCUUUUCUCCUCAGGUGUAGUGUAUGUGUGUCUCACCUGGCAGGUCUUCUCUCCUCAGGUGUACUGUAUGUGUGUCUCACCUGACAGGUCUUCUCUCCUCAGGUGUACUGUAUGUGUGUCUCACCUGGCAGGUCUUCUCUCCUCAGGUGUACUGUAUGUGUGUCUCACCUGGCAGGUCUUCUCUCCUCAGGUGUACUGUAUGUGUGUCUCACCUGGCAGGUCUUCUCUCCUCAGGUGGUGGUCGUGUGUCUCACCUGACAGGUCUUCUCUCCUCAGGUGUACUGUAUGUGUGUCUCACCUGGCAGGUCUUUCUCCUCAGGUGUACUGUAUGUGUGUCUCACCUGGCAGGUCUUCUCUCCUCAGGUGUACUGUAUGUGUGUCUCACCUGGCAGGUCUUCUCUCCUCAGGUGUACUGUAUGUGUGUCUCACCUGACAGGUCUUCUCUCCUCAGGUGUACUGUAUGUGUGUCUCUCACCUGGCAGGUCUUCUCUCCUCAGGUGUACUGUAUGUGUGUCUCACCUGGCAGGUCUUCUC